AUGCAGAAACUGCUCCGCAUAAGCCCCUCAGGCCCCAUUCUGUGCACUACGGCUAAGGCUCCUCUUUCCUCUCUCCCCUUGGCCUCAAGCAUUCUAUCAAAAGCUUUCAAGGGCUCAACUGAUAACCCUUCAAGAAUGCACACUGCAGCUACGGCUUUUCGCUGCGGCUCAGCCCUCGCCGCUACUGUUCACAGCAAACCCACUUACAGUAUCCCCGAUCGCAUCAACUGCGGCCUCUGCCGCUGCUCAGUUCAUGACAGAGCCCCGUCCCGGGCUUGGCUUGUGCUCAAAGACUCCGGUUUGGGGUCCCGGCCGGCGUGGCUGCACACGAGCUCUGAUGGGUCGUUUUCUGUUUCGGCAGCAGAGGGUUGCAAGGGUUUAGAGAAGGGUUUGGAGGGUUUUGAGGAUUUGAGCGGUGGUGAUGGUGGAGAGGCUGAGAAGGGUUCGGAGGAGAAGCCAAAUAGGUUGAGUAAUAGGCGGCAGAGGAGUUCCGGGAGCGGCGGGUUAUUGGCUGGAAACCCGGACUUGUUGGCGAUUCCUGGCGUGGGGCCGAGGAACUUGAGAAAGCUGGUGGAAAAGGGUAUUGGGGGAGUUUCUGAGCUCAAGCAAUUGUAUAGAGAUAAGUUCUUUGGAAAAGGUAGUCAGAAGAUGGUUGAGUAUUUACAAAGUUCGGUAGGAAUCAUCCACAAAAACCAUGCUGAGAGUAUUACUACUUAUAUUAAAGAGAGUGUUGAUGAAGAGUUGAAGGAGGACAGCUCGAACUCAGAAGUGAAGCAUACACAGAAGAAGCGGCUUACUUUCUGCGUUGAGGGAAAUAUCAGUGUUGGAAAGACAACAUUUCUUCAGAGAAUAGCAAAUGAAACACUUGAGCUAAGAGAUCUUGUUGAGGUGGUUCCAGAACCUAUUAACAAGUGGCAGGAUGUUGGACCCGACCAUUUUAAUAUAUUGAAUGCUUUCUAUGCUGAGCCGCAGAGGUAUGCCUAUACCUUCCAGAAUUAUGUGUUUGUUACAAGGUUGAUGCAGGAGAGAGAAUCCUCUGGUGGCAUCAAGCCCCUCCGGUUGAUGGAAAGGAGUGUUUUUAGUGACAGGAUGGUUUUUGUGCGAGCUGUUCAUGAAGCGAAGUGGAUGAAUGAGAUGGAGAUCAGCAUCUAUGACUCCUGGUUUGACCCAGUUGUAUCGUCCUUGCCUGGGCUUAUCCCUGAUGGUUUCAUAUAUCUUAGAGCAAGUCCUGAUACUUGUCACAAGAGAAUGAAGCUACGGCAGAGAGCCGAGGAAGGUGGAGUCAGCCUUGAGUAUCUCCACGGCUUGCAUGAAAAACAUGAAAGCUGGCUUUUCCCGUUCCAGAGUGGUAAUCAUGGGGUCUUGUCUGUUAGUAAGCUUCCUUUACACAUGGACAGCUCUUUACCUCCUGAUAUUAGGGACCGUGUGUUCUAUUUGGAGGGUGAUCAUAUGCAUUCAAGUAUUCAAAAGGUUCCUGCUUUGGUUCUUGACUGCGAGCCAAACAUUGAUUUUAGCAAAGACAUUGAAGCAAAGAGGCAGUAUGCUCGACAAGUAGCAGAGUUUUUUGAAUUUGUGAAGAAAAAGCAAGAAGUCCCAUCUGCAAAAGGUGGUGAGGAAGCUAAGAAGAGUAGCCAACAACAAUUAGUGCUGCCCCAAAAUGGAGAAUUAUGGGUUCCUGAUAAGCAUUUCCCCGAGUCAGCCCUCAAAUCUCUGGAGUUUAGACGAGCCAUGUCUCUCAUGUCUGGAUAG